AUAUGAAUACAUGAUGCUUUAAAAUUUAUGUUUGCAGGAAUCGUGUUUUCGAACCAUAAAUACCCGCUGCUCUGUUCGGCUCGGUUGCUGCCGUGCUCCGUUUAAGAGGCUUUUGAGAGGUGAAGGAAGCUUGAUUCAUUCCAUUUAAAAUGGGAGGGAGAAGAAAUAAAUCUAAUCAAGGCACUCGGAAAUGUGCAAACUCUGCUACAGAUAUUGACAAUGAUACAGAUGCAGAGAUUUGUACAAGUGCAAGGGCUCUACCCCUACCCAGGAAUUUGAAUCUCUUCUUAGAGCAGUUAUAUGAGAAAAGGGGGUCGACAAGGGAGGCUGCACUUUCUUCAAUUAUCCAGAUAUCUAGUCUUGGUUAUCACUAUAAGUUCUUUGAAAAGAACUUCACUGAGUUACUUUACCAGUUCUUGAAAUCUUUUACAAGGGGUUCAGUCAAAGAGAGUUGUUUGGCUAUUGAGGCACUAGGAUUACUAGCCAUCACUGUUGGCUGUGGGGACUAUGGUCAUGAACUAUAUAAAGAAUCAGCCCCGGUUCUCUCAGAAGCUCUCAAAACCGAGUCUCAGUCGAAGAAGUUAAAAUUAAUCUUGGAUAGUUUGGCUAUCAUCACCUUCGUUGGGGGAAAUGAAUUAGAAGAGACAGAAAGAUCAAUGCAAAGUAUUUGGGAUUUCAUGCAUUCAAAAGCCAAUCUCAAGGAAGCCCAGAGUGUGGCUAUUUUCUCUUGGUCACUCCUUCUAAGUACCAUGGAUAUCUGGAGUCUUGGCUACAAACUUUGGCGCGGGGCGAUCCCUUUCUUUGAGAAACUACUAGCAGCAGAUCACGAAUCCACUCUAAUUGGAGCUAGGCAAGCACUGGCACUAAUUCAUGAACUAGGGUCCCUUGAGAAAUUUGAAGCUGACAAUCCAGAAAAGGAGGAGAUGAAUGCUGAGAAAACAUUGAAGGAUGAAUGUGUUCCGGAAAUUCCAGUAAAUAUUGAUAAACGAGUAUUGAAAGUCAGCACGACAGCUCAACAAAUCCAGCUAAAUUUUAUGAAGCGGUUGCUUGGUUCUGGUUUUGUUGUGCACAUGAAGGAAAAUGUAUUUCUGCAUGAUGUUUUCGAUUUCAAACCAGUAAGACGGCAACCAGGCAAAGAACUGUAUCUGGCUGAACGUGAUGAGAUCUCUAUCAAUCUUUUUGUUCCUGACGUAAAAAAAGAAGAAAACUUCCAGCGUAUUCACAAGUCACAAAAUUCGGUUUUUGUGAAAGCAAGAACACAGAUAAGAAACAAAAAUCGCGAUAUUAAAGGGGAGGAGCAAUGGUGUUCUGAAGAUUGAUGAUGAGCGUGACAGAUUUUGCUGCUUUGAUUUUUGUAGGAUUAGUUUAUACCAUUUCAUUUAUUAACUUGGUAUAAAAAAUAUUAUUAUUUAUUUUAGAAAAAAUAAAACGAGGACCAAAUCAGGGCGCCUUUUAUAUAAUUUCAUUUAUUUACUUGGUAAAAGUUUCUUUUGAAUUUGCUGGCCU